ACAUCCGAAACAAAGGCAAUCCUGAAAUGGCGGCGGCUCUGCAGACUAACAUCCGACCGGUUAAGUUUCCGGCUAAGUUGAGAGCUCUCACCAAACAAUCUUCUCCAGCACCCUUUAGAGUGAGAUGCGCCGCUGCUUCCCCCGGGAAAAAGAGAUACAAUAUCACUCUCCUUCCCGGCGAUGGAAUCGGUCCGGAGGUCAUCUCCAUCGCUAAAAAUGUGCUUCAGCAAGCUGGUUCCUUGGAAGGUCUGGAGUUUAGCUUCCAGGAAAUGCCUGUAGGAGGAGCGGCUUUGGAUUUGGUCGGAGUGCCUUUGCCUGAGGAGACCGUCUCGGCUGCUAAAGAAUCAGAUGCUGUGCUUCUUGGAGCCAUUGGAGGGUAUGCACGUUGGCUCUCUACUCUUUUGUUGGUUCUGUGCUUACAGUGUUGGCGUGGUUUCAGGUACAAAUGGGAUAAGAAUGAAAAACAUUUGAAGCCUGAGACUGGGUUACUUCAACUUCGGGCUGGUCUUAAAGUCUUUGCUAAUCUGAGACCUGCUACUGUUCUUCCACAGUUAGUGGAUGCUUCGACCUUGAAGAGAGAGGUUGCAGAAGGUGUUGAUCUGAUGGUUGUUAGGGAGCUUACAGGAGGUAUUUACUUUGGAGUGCCAAGGGGCAUUAAGACUAAUGAAAAUGGUGAGGAAGUUGGGUAUAAUACUGAGGUCUAUGCUGCUCACGAGAUUGAUAGAAUUGCUCGUGUUGCCUUCGAGACUGCUCGGAAACGGCGUGGCAAGCUGUGUUCUGUUGACAAAGCUAAUGUCUUAGAUGCCUCGAUUUUAUGGAGGAGACGAGUAACAGCACUAGCUGCUGAAUAUCCGGAUGUUGAACUGUCACAUAUGUAUGUUGACAAUGCUGCCAUGCAGCUUGUUCGUGACCCUAAACAGUUUGACACCAUUGUUACAAACAACAUUUUUGGUGAUAUAUUAUCCGAUGAAGCGUCGAUGAUCACAGGAAGCAUCGGCAUGCUUCCCUCUGCUAGUCUCAGUGAUUCGGGACCUGGACUCUUUGAACCUAUACAUGGUUCUGCACCUGAUAUUGCUGGACAGGAUAAAGCAAACCCGUUGGCAACCAUCCUCAGCGCUGCAAUGCUUCUGAAAUACGGACUCGGAGAGGAGAAGGCAGCUAAGAGAAUCGAAGACGCUGUGUUGGGUGCUCUGAACAAAGGAUUCAGAACAGGAGACAUCUACUCCGCAGGAACUAAACUUGUGGGCUGCAAGGAGAUGGGAGAGGAAGUUCUGAAGUCAGUGGAUUCCCACGUUCAAGCUUCUGUUUAAUCAUCUGUAUAACUUUGAAGAGAACCUUUUUUUUUAUCAUUUUCCAACAAUAAGUGAGAGUCUCAGUUUCAUCAGCCACAAUGUGUGUGAUGUUAAUGUUAUUGGACGUAUUUGAUCACAUUGAAACUUUCGACGUGCUUUUCUGUAAAAUAAACAUCCUGGUGGAGUUGAGACGAAAAACAAAAUAUAUCCUGGUUGGAGUU